AUGUUGAAAUCCUCCGCCGCCGUGCUGUGCACCACGUGCGCGGCCCCCUCGCUAGCCGCCACAGCAUCGUCGUCGAUAUCAACGUCGACGCCGACAUGGACCGCGGCGCCGGUUCUCACACAGCGCCGCCGCGCGACGCUGCAACCUCCAAAGACCGGCACGAGAUGUCUGAGGAGGUACGCGACGCAAAAUGGCGCAGACCAUCAGAUCCCCGCCUGGCCGCGCUCCCCGAACCCGACGCCCUACGAGAUCUUCGACAUCCAUCGAUCGUCUCCCUACACGAAGCGGCGCUUCUAUCAGCUGGUCAAGCUCUACCACCCCGACACCCACGACCACUACCAUCGCAGCGAGUCGACACGUGCGGGCUCGUCGAGCCUCUCCAACGCCACCCGCCUCGAGCGCUACCGCCUCGUCGUCGCCGCCAACAACCUCCUCAGCGACCCUGACAAGCGCCGCCUAUACGACUCGCACGGCAUCGGCUGGACCGACGGCCACCGCGCCCCAACCCUGCGCGAAGCCGACCGCGCGUGGCGGCACCAGCCCGGCAACGCAGCCAACAACGCCACCUGGGAGGACUGGGAGCGCUGGCACGAGGCCCGCCAGGGUCACCGCCGCGAGCCCAUGUAUAUGAGCAACGGCCUGUUUGCAACCCUCGUCGUUAUGAUGUGCAUGGUCGGCGCCAUGGCGCAGGCCAACCGCGCCGAGACGUCGGGCACUCAAUUCGUCGAGUUCACGCAGGAGCGCAACGCCGCCAUCGGCCGGCAGAUGAUGAAGGAGAGCAUGGCUGCCGCGGGCAGAUCCAAGGACGAGCGAGUCGACUCAUUCCUCCGCGAGAGGGAGAACGUGUCCUACGACUACGUCCCCAGCAGGCACGACUCGGACGAGCACUCUGGGGAGGUGCCGCGAUAA